UGAGCAGCGUAUAUUAGAAGCAACAUGUAGAUGCUGUGGUCUCAGUCAGCCUGCCAAGUUAAGAACUUCAGCUAUUCAACAUUUAUGGCAGUGAAAAAGGAACAUUUUGGCAAGCUUUAAUGACAUAACGUUGCUUUAAAACCUUUCAACAUGAACUUCAUCAGAUCCCACAAUGUCAUUGGCACGGCCAUAUAUCAAUGGAGCGGACAGGUCGUAGGUCGUAGCCGAGCUCUGGCAGAGCUGGGUGGUCGAAGUGGGGGGUUGGCAGGUCUGAGGAGGAUGUGUAGUAAACCUCAGCCAGAAAACCCAGAGGCUUCACCAGUAGCCCCCACGCAUGCCCCCCGUCCAGGCUUUAAACUGCCUGGCUACAGACCUUCUCCAAUGGACCAGAGGAUUCUAGUCUGGUCUGGACGCUACAAGACCCCAGACCAGAUCCCAGACUUGGUAUCAUUUGAGACACUGGAUGCAGCCCGGAACAAAUUGAGGGUAAAGGCGUGCUAUGGGAUGAUAGUCAUUACAAUCCUCGCCUGCCUAAUCACUGUCAUCAUGGGCAAGAGGGCUGCUGGCAGAAAUGAGUCUCUCACAGCCCUGAACAUGGAGAAGAAGGCAAGAUGGAGGGAGGAGGCCAAGAUUGCAAGAGAGGAGGAAGCAGCGGCAGGUGCUGUUGUUCUGGCUGAGAAGUCUCAGUGAGGAAGACCCUACCCCCUCCGAAACAUCGCCCCCCCUGUUGGUCCCACUGACAGUUGAUGCAGUCUGUUGUCAUAGUGUGAGCUGUUUCUUCAAUGCCGUGUGUUUAUGCUAAAAUUAUUUUCCACAUAGUUUAUUUGGAAUUUAUUAAAUGUUGAAUUGCUGGGGAAUUAUAUUCUUUAAAGAGA